AAUCACAGAAUGAACAUGUGGAAUCUGACAAUCAGAAUCAUUAUCUUAUCACAAACUACAACUGGAAUUCUUGGAAAUUUCUCUCUUUUGUUGCACUAUCUAAUCCUUUACUGUACAGAAAACACAUUAAAGCCCACAGAUUUGAUUCUCAUGCACCUAAUGGCAGCCAAUGCCUUGAUCAUUCUCUCUGCAGGAGUGCCCCAAACAAUGGCAGUUUGGGGAUUUAAAUAUUUCUUGAAUGAUUUUAGGUGUGAGCUCCUAUUGUACUUUCAAGGAUUUGCUCGAAAUGUGUCCAUUGGCACCACCUGUCUUCUGAGUGUAUUCCAGGCAAUGACCAUCAAUUCCAGGAAGUCAUGUUGGAAGGAUCAUAAAGUCAAAGCUACAAAGUACAUUCACUGUUCUGUUUCCCUACUCUGGGUCUCCUACAUGUUGAUACGUUUAAUUUUCUUAAUGUACAUAUUUAUCAGAAUGAAUAGCCAAAACAUGACAAGAAGCCAAGAUUUUGGAUAUUGCUCUACUGUAGGGUGGGAUGAAAUCAUAGACUCACUCUAUACAGCAUUGGUGAUAUGCCCUGAAGUCUUUUUUGCUCUGCUCAUUACCUGGUCCAGCACCUCCAUGAUUGUCUUCCUGAACAGACACAAGCAGAGUGUUCAACACAUCCGUAGCUCUCAUAGUUCUAGUAUUUCCUCCCCUGAGUCUAGAGCCACCCAGAACAUCCUGGUAUUGAUGUCUACCUUUCUGGCUUUUUAUACUCUCUCUACUAUCUUGCGAGGCUGCAUUGCUUUUUUGUAUAAUCACAAUUGGUGGCUUGUGUUGAUCUCUCACCUUACUUCUCUUUGUUUUCCCUGUUUUGCACCCUUUGUUCUUAUAAGACAUCGCUCAGUUUUGUCCAUAGUUAAUUUUGUAUGGUUAAGAAAUCUUUUGUCCUGA